GUUUAUGGACACAUAGCAUUUUGUUGCUGUAUUUACAUAUAGUAGGAUACCGUCUGGGCACUACGGUGAUCGACUGGUUAGCACGUCAGCCUUACAGUGCAGAGGUGCAGGGUUCGAUUCCGACUCCGGCUUUCCAGUGUGGAGUUUGCAUGUUCUUCACCUUGGCUGCGUGGAUUUUCUCCGGGUAUUGGCAGGCUGAUUGAACAUUAGUCUGAAGUGUCCUUCGUUGUGAAUAUGAAUGGUUGUUGGUCUAUUGUGUGCCCUGUGACUGGGUGUACCCCACCUACGACGGCUGGGAUAGGCUCCAGCAAUCCUUGUUAGGAUAAAGCGGUUCAGAUAAUCGAUGGAUUGUAUCAACUGUUUUUUAAUCAAUAAAUGCAUUAUAAAAAUUAGGUAUUUUUCAAUAAUUACACAAUUACUUUGCAGUAUUUACAAAAUGUUCUUAAGAAUCGGGAACUCUCACAAUCCAUGUCUGAACAAUCCACCAAUAAUUAAACUCUAUCAAUAAAAAAGUUUCAACAUAUAUCUUCCCCGAUAUAAUUAUAAAAACACGAUUUUUCCCAACAGAGGAUUGUUACCAAUAACCAGUAAUGAGUCAAUUCUAAACUACUGUGCCUUUACAUACAAUCAUUUUGAUCAGUUAUAUUGCACGCGUGUAAAUGAUAAACUCAUCCAAAUUCCUCAUUUUUGUUCAGAAAUCUGAGGUUGUUUUUGAUAUAUUGUAAAUGUAUAGUUGUUUUCAUUAUGUACCUGUAUUGCCUUGACGAGUCCACAUAAUGUGGGCCACGAACAAUGAGUUUGUAAAAUGACUGCAGUACUGUAGUUGCUUCACCAUGGACAGCUCCAUUUUUAUCUGGCCAUAAAAAUAACUUGAACAACUGUCUCAGUUCAUGUUUCUGAGUGUGGAAUCGUGGAUCUGUUCAAAUACUUUUGCUGUUUUCGUCACCAGAUGACGUGGACCAACACAUUUUGUUUGUUGACAUUUAAUCCCCAUGUAUAAAAUGGUUCGCUCCACCUGUAGUCGCGUUUGACAAAGCUGCAGCAAAUCUCUCGCCAGUGUCUUACUUUGAGCUCCAACUUACUGCAAAGAUGAACUACAGAGACCGCUACACUUCCUCCUCCUACCGCAAGAUUUUCGGGGACUCUUCCAGGUUCUCCGCCUCCUCUCGUAUGAGCAGUUACGUGCCACAGGUCUCCCCCGGGCUGAGGUCCAUGGCCGUGUCCCGAAACAGCACCUCUUCCGUGGGCAUGUACAGACGGCUGGGACACCCUCCGGCCUCCUUCUCUCUGACGGCCACGGACUCCCUCGACUUGACCCAGACUUCAGUGGUCAACAAUGAACUCAAAGUAAUUCGUACCAACGAAAAAGAACAGCUGCAGGGUCUGAAUGAUCGCUUCGCCAUGUUCAUUGAUAAAGUCAGACACCUGGAGCAGCAGAAUAAAGUACUGGAGGCCGAGCUGGUGACGCUGCGGCAGAGGCAGAGUGAGCGGUCUCGGGCCGCUCAACUCUACGAGCAGGAGAUGAGGGACUUACGGGCUCAGUUGGAGGACCUAAACAGGGACAAGAACCGCAUCCUGAUUGAGAGGAACAACAUGGAAGAUGAACUGCAGAAACUCACUGUCAAGUAUCAGGAGGAGUUGACUGUGCGUGAAGAGACAGAACAAACCUUGCGGUCUUUCCGGAAGGAUGUGGAUGACGCGGCAGCCAUUCGUCUGGAUCUGGAGCGUCGAGUGGAAUCGCUGAUGGAUGAAAUCUCGUUCCUGAACAAAGUCCACGAUGAGGAAAUCCAGGAGCUGAGCAGUCUGAUGGAAGCGCAGCAGGUCUCCGUGGAAAUGGAACUCUCCAAACCCGACCUCACCUCAGCUCUGAAAGAGAUCCGCAACCAGUAUGAGUCCAUCGCCUCCAAAAACCUGCAGUCGGCCGAGGAGUGGUACAAGGGCAAGUUCUCCAGCCUGAGCGAACAGGCCACCAGGAGCAACGAGGCCAUGCGGGCCAGCAGGGAGGAGAUGAAUGAGUUCAGGAGGCAGCUGCAGGCCAAGACUCUGGAGAUCGAGACUCUGAGGGGUGCCAACGAGUCUCUAGAAAGGCAGAUCACAGAGAUGGAGGAUGCUCACAAUUCUGAAGUCACAACUUUGCAGGACACGAUUGGCCACCUGGAUACUGAGCUGAGGAACCUCAAGGGGGAGAUGGUCCAGCACCUGAGAGAAUAUCAGGACUUGCUCAAUGUCAAGAUGGCAUUGGACAUCGAGAUAGCUGCAUACAGGAAGCUGCUGGAAGGCGAAGAGACUCAUUUUAACUCAGGGACAUCUUUCGGAGCCGCCAGUUACAGCUACCAGGCCCGAGCCUCAACCGGAUCAUCCAGAAGCAGCCAGCGAGACAAAGACGCAGCCAAGAAGGAAAGCGGCAAGGAGGAGGAGAAGGAUGAAGCAGACAUCAAUUCCAACAACUGAAGUCAUGGACACAGGCAGGAAGGGAGACAAAUAGCUUGUACUGCAUUUCUAAAGUUUUAGUACUGUAUAUGCACAAAAAGAGGAGCCCAGACAUCGUGUCCUAUGUAAAUGUAAUUUUUCUGGAGAAAUUAUUUUAAUUUGGAACAUUUCAAUCACAAAACACAAGUCAGGCUAUAAGUGAAUUUGUUCUUUCCAUAGUGCACAAGUCUGAAACAUGUAGAACAUUUUUGGACUCUAAAUAUUUUUCAAAUGGAAGCUUGCAUCAAGAUGUAAACCAGAUGGUGUUAACCUAUUACGGGGCAUUGUAUGUUACAAUUGAAAAAACUGGAACAAUGUGGUAGAAUUCUAGUCAUCUCUGUGUCAAAAUGUGUUGGCUAACUUAAACCGUAUUUAUCCACUAAAAUAUGCUUUUGUUUGCUUAUCACUUACAUUUUCAGGCUAAUGCUUUUUCUUGAAUGUUAGCAAACCAAAUUGUGUGUGUGUGACUAGUGCGGUACUUUCGGUGAACAUCAAUCCUGAUUUCAGAAAAUGAUGGGUAGUACACCUUUAAAUAUGCUGCAAAUCUACACCAGAGCUAGAUGACUACAAUUCAUUGAGGUUUAGUCCUCACUGUGCGAUUCAUUUGCACGGAGUGAUUGAAAGAAUUAAAAAAAAACAAAAAAAAAAA